AUGCCCAUGUUAAAAGGUUGGAGGAGCAAGCACGGCGGUGGAGAGUCCAGAAAAGAAACGAAGGCCAAGUCACUCCCUCUUCGACUCACCUUCACGGAGCAGACACAACCUGAUGACUCCAUCAUCAAAAGUUUUGACGAACUCUAUUCUAAGACAGUCAGAGUCUGGAGUGGUGGAGUUUGGAAUAGCGAUGUGAAGAACGGUGCCACAGGCGCAUUGUUCGACUCAUCCCAUCAUGUGCCCGGCGAGGGCACUAAGAACCGCGCGGCUUUCAAGGCCGGCAAGUUUGGCUUUUGCUUAGAGUGGAUCGAUUUUCCGUACGAGGGAGAAGUCUAUCGUGUCCGGUGCAUGAAUGCGUUUUGCGUAAGAUCGCAGCAAUGUACAGACCACCCCAAAGCAGUGUAUAAGGAUGGCCCAAACCGCAUCUAUGAUCUCAUGCAUUGGGAUGAGAACGUCACAUAUGGUAUGAUCAAAGAUACCGGCGCUCCAGCGAUCCCUUUGACGGAUCACCAGCGGAAGCAGCAGGUCUUGGAGGAACUUGAGGAGGUCCAGGCUAAGAUUACCGUGGCGAAGCAACGCGGCGAGCUUGCGACUGCCAAAGAACUGGAACGUCAAGUUUCCAACAUCCAGAGAGCGCUGAAAAACAAAAGUUACUUGCUUGAGGACAGAUCAAACGCCGCGUCCCAAUCUUUUGCGUCGGACACUAUCCUCAACUCCCGGAAAGCUGUAAGCAACUCAACACCAGGUAAUCCAGUCCUCGACGCCAAGGCCAGGCGUAACCCGAACAACACCACGAAAGGAGGCAAGAAGGACUAUACAAAAGUCCUGGGUCCGAUCCAGGAGCAGCAGGGGUCGUAA